GGCAGCGAGAGGAGCUGACAGCGCGGAGCUGGCGCUGCGGAGCGCAAGGAGCCCUAUCGGUUUCUCCCGCCGACGUCUGCGAGGACAGCAGCGUCUGACCCGCCCUGGUUCGGAGAUUUACACAGGCGUGGAGCAAUGCCUAUGGCUCUGCGGCUCCUCAAAGGCCCCUAGAAGCCUGUUCCUCAGCACAGUCCAGGACCUCCAGCCCCAUGGAGCCCCCGAUCCCACAGAGCGUCCCCUUGACUCCCAGCUCAGUCAUGGUCCAGCCCCUACUUGACAGCCGUAUGCCCCACGGCCGCCUCCAACACCCACUCACCAUCCUCCCCAUCGACCAGAUGAAGACCAGCCACGUAGAGAACGACUACAUAGACAACCCCGGCCUGGUGCCCCCCAUGGGCACCAAGCGGACCCGGGGUGGGGCCCCUGAGCUGGCCCCAACGCCUGCCCGCUGUGACCAGGACGUCACCCACCACUGGAUCUCCUUCAGCGGGCGCCCCAGCUCCGUGAGCAGCAGCAGCAGCACGUCCUCUGACCAGCGUCUCUUGGACCACAUGGCACCGCCACCCGUGGCCGACCAGGCCUCCCCGAGGGCUGUGCGCAUCCAGCCCAAGGCCGUCCACUGCAAGCCACUGGACCUUAAGGGCCCCGCAAUGCCAACGGAGCUGGACAAACACUUCUUGCUGUGCGAGGCCUGUGGGAAGUGUAAGUGCAAGGAGUGUGCUUCACCCCGGACACUGCCCUCCUGCUGGGUCUGCAACCAGGAGUGCCUGUGCUCGGCCCAGACCCUGGUCAACUACGGCACCUGCAUGUGCCUGGUGCAAGGCGUCUUCUACCACUGCACCAACGAGGACGACGAGGGCUCCUGCGCCGACCACCCCUGCUCCUGCUCCCGCUCAAACUGCUGCGCCCGCUGGUCCUUCAUGGGCGCCCUGUCCCUGGUGCUGCCGUGCCUGCUCUGCUACCUGCCCGCCACCGGCUGCGUGAAGCUGGCCCAGCGUGGCUACGACCGCCUGCGCCGCCCUGGAUGCCGCUGCAAGCACACGAACAGCGUCAUCUGCAAGGCGGCCGCCGGGGACGCCAAGGCCAGCAGACUCGACAAGUCCUUCUGACACUGUGGGUCGAAGCCCCCGUGCUGCUACCCCUAGAACUUGGUUCCCUUCUGACACCUGAGACGACCAUGGCAAGGCCAGAGGUUUUAGUGUCCUGAGGCCUAUCUUGCUGGUCUGCCCACUCCCCAUCCUCCGCUUCUGAAGAAAUGGGAGACCACCAUCGCCCACCCUCUCUUCCCCAAAAGGAUGAAGGAGCACUUUGGGUUUUGUUUUCUUGUUUUUUUUCAGGGUCCUGGAACUUUGUGUCAGACAGUGGCAGGGGCGUGGUGUGGCUGCGGGGCGGUUGGGGGGGUGGUUCUUUUUCAGAAGACGGAACACAGAUGUGGACACAUCCGGAAGUUGCAGCUGCUUAAAUGCCUUCCCAGGUCCUCCUCCUUCCCCCUCUCUCCCUGCUCUUCCCUUCUCUUUGGUUGCCGGGGGAGGAAUCAUUUAUUGAGUGACCAGGGGACCUCGGAAGAAGACCCUUGGAACCCUGACUUUCAAACUUCUCCUCCUCCACCCUCCACCCCAGUUUGCCCCAGCACCUUGGGGAAGGCGGAGAAGACCCUGGCGACCCCAGUUGUAUAUGCUUGGGGAGCCCCCUCAGAGCCAGGGAGUCCAGGCCUCAUCUCUCGCUCUGCCUCCCCGGAGCCGCAGAUGGACGUAGGAGCCACUGCCCAGUGCAUUCCUCCCUCCUGCUUCAUCACUGACUCUUGGGGGUGUUCCGCUCAGAACACCGUCCUUCAGUUCCCACCGAGUCACAGACUCCCCUGCCACUACGUGUCCCGUGUUCUCUCUACCCAGAUCCUUUCCAGAAAUUCCGCGGGUAGAGAAGGCCGGGGCGGCACAUGCGAGACCAAAUAUCAUUUUGCCAAUGAGUCUGAGGCUGUGGCCUCUGGAUCCAGUCAUUAUGUUUUUAUAGAACAAUGAAACCAGAUGCUAUAACGGUGUUUUAAAGAAAAAUAAUAAUAAAACACUUUGCUUCCUUUUGGGCCA